CAAAAAAACGGCCAGUAAACGGUCAAUAAACAGCCAGUAAAUGGUAAGAAAACGUUUAGAAAACGAUCCGUAAACGGUGAAAAAACGAUUUAUUUAAGAUCCUAAAACGUUACGAGUUUUAGGUUCUAAAAACGGUCCGUUUACGGCACGUUAACUUACCGUUAACGACCAGUUAACGGGCCGUUAACGGUGCCGUUUUCUUGGACCUGGGUGGUUCUAAGGUCUAGUAAGUACCUUGAAAUAUUCCCCUCUUCAUGCUACAUCUAGCCUUUGAUUAGUCUAUGAAACUCAGGCAUGGGCCGAUUUCAUCAGAUAAUCGCUCGUAUCCUUUUGUUUUGCAUAGGGAAUGAUCAUUGGAGUCUAAGUAUUUUUCAUCUUCUUAGCAAUAGGUUUGCAAUAUAUCUAAACAUUAUUUAUUUGUUUUAGCACUACAGUGGCGUUUAAUUAUGUCCACUGUGAACAACGAGUGUGAUCAACUGCUUACAUCCAAUGAUUUAAAACAAUGUAGAAUAUGUUUAGACAAUGAUAACCCUAAUGAUAUAAUUAGCCCAUGCUUAUGUAAAGGUGGUUCGGCUUAUGUUCAUAGAAAAUGUUUAAACGACUGGCGAUCGGAAAAUACAGGAGGGAAAGCUUUUAAAAUGUGUGAUAUCUGUCACUUCGAAUAUGUUAUUGAACCAAUUAUUGAUGAUUCAGAAGCUGAUAGAAAAAGGUUAUAUAAGUAUCAUUUUUUACUUAUCCGUGAUUUAACAUUGAUUGCUUUAUUGCUUCAAGCAAUUAUUCUCGUUCUCACAGUUUUAUUAAAGAUCGGUGAUAAAAAUCAUAAUAAUGUUAAAAAUUUAUUUCCAAAUUGGAUGAAUACAUUUGCGAUUUAUUAUUUGAGUGGUUUUAUAUUAUUUUUGGCGCUUUUAGGUGUUGUUGGCUUAAUUGGUCUUUGUUAUGGAAUGAGAAAUACUGGUGGUGGAAGUAGGAGUAGUUCUAGUUCUUCUUCCAGUUCUUCACGAAGUAGAAGUAGUAAAAAUACAAAUGGUGGUGGAUUAUUUGUCAUUAUAGUAGCUAUUGUAUUAAUAUUUGCUUGUAUUGGAAUAUUUGUUGGCAUUAUCUUAGGCGUUAUGAUUUUUAAGAAACUAGUAAAACAUCAUACAAAUAAAUUAUGGUUAAGACAAGAAGCAGAAAAAUAUGUUGUUAAGGAUUUUCAAGGAAGAAGAAAUGAAUUAGAAAAAUAUCUAAACACUAAUAAUCUUUCCAUUCGUUCGCCAACGGUAGAUUAA